AUGAAGUCUUUCCUGGGCCUGUGGGGAUUCCUCCUGCUCCUUCACCUUAUGGGGACCUAUGCUGAUGACUGGACAGUCAUUCAUCUGCAAUGUGCCGAUCAGAGUUUCCAUCUCAGGAUUAAGCCUACGUUAUUUCCCAAUAUAUAUAUGGAAUAUGAUGAAGUGUUUUUAGGAAUUGGCUGCCCUGUGACCGCCGUCUGGCCAAAUGAUAGCUAUGAGUUUACUUACAGUAUUGACUCCUGUGGCAUUGUCAAAAAAGCUCUUCAGGACGUCACUCUGCUUCAGACUAAACUUACAUAUAUCUCAAGAAACAAUACUUUGCAAGUUUCAAUGCCACUGUCCUGUGUUCUGCGCCAGCAGCAACCUCAUUUUUGUGAAGCCGGAUAUAGAAGAGAUUUCACUGACAAUCUUCCUGAACUCAGAAAUGAGCAGGCUGCUCUUACCAUGCUGCCAAACUUUUCAACAUCAAAUGAAGACCACCAGGUCUGCGAGGAGGCCCAGGCCUCCGAAAGCAGAAGGCUUAGGCUGGAGGAAGUAUUUAGCUUCAUGGAUCAGAAUUCAUCAGCUCUCCAUUUCUCCAUAAUGUAG